UUUAAUUUCUAAAUUAAGUUCAGUAAGUAAGUUUCUAACCGAACAACUAUAGUUGAAAUCAAAGUAGCAAAUCCAACAAAUUCAAAUCGUGCGGAAAAAAAACCCAGCAAGUCCCUCGUUUUGAACUAAAACUCCGAACUCACUGCUUUCAAACUUCAAAGUAAGACCCAACUCUAUCUAGUUCUACUUUCAGGUCUCAGAGUGGCAUAUUAUAAAGUAUUGAUGCAGAAUGGCUGCAACCAGGGCUCGAGUUAGUAGUUUCUCUCGCAAUGUAUCAACUGUAACAUCUCAGAAUCCUGGACUUAAGCAUGGCCCUAAUGGGACAAUGUUCAUUUCAUCUGGGAUUCCAGAUCUGGACAAGAUUUUAGGUGGUGGUUUUUCUCUGGGUAGCCUUGUCAUGGUAAUGGAAGAUCCUGAAGCACCUCAUCAUAUGCUUCUAUUGAGAAAUUUUAUGUCCCAAGGACUUGUGCAAAAACAGCCACUCUUGUAUGCCAGUGCAUCUAGAGAUCCUAAAAGUUUUCUUGGUACUUUGCCUAGUCUGGUGUCACCCAAAGGCGAUAAAUCUUCAGAUCUCGGCCAGGAAAAGGAUCUAAGAAUCGCUUGGCAAUACAAAAAGUACUUUGGUGAGCCUCAGCUAAAUCUGAACACUAAUAAUGGUGGUCAUCAUGAUUACUGUAAUGAUUUUGACUUGAGAAAGCCCCUGGACCGGCAUUUUUUUAGUGGCAUUAAUGUAGAUUGUGUUAGCAUCAAAGAUUCUCCUAACCUUACCAGUCUUCAAGAUCGUUGUGCUGGAUUUCUAGCUAAAUUCUCAAGAAAUGAAGGCAGCAUUUCCUCUGCUGGUCGUAUUGCAAUUCAAUCAUUCUGUUCUCCACAAUGCAAGUAUUCAAAUGAGGAGUGGCAUAUGCUUUCUUUUAUUAGGUCACUAAAGGGCUUGGCCCGGUCUUCAAAUGCUGUUAUUGUUGUAACCUUCCCACCUUCACUUCUUUCUCCAUCUUGUUCAAAGAGAUUGCAGCAUAUGGCAGACACCUUGCUUUCUGUCAAAGCCAUUCCAGAUGAGGACCAGGAACUUGCAAAACUCCUCACUGGUUACCAGGAUAUGAUUGGGCUUCUAAAUGUACACAAAGUUGCGCGGUUUAAUACACAGGUUCCAGUGAUUCUGGACGCCACAACAUUCUCAAUAAAAUUACAAAGACGGAGGUUUUUGGUUUUAGAAUGUCUAAAUCAAGCCCCAGUUGAUGGUUCAAGUGGCAGUUCGUAUGGCACAUCUGGUGGUUGUUCUGGGUCAACUAAAGCUGGGUCACUUGAUUUUUAGACUAUACCUUUUUUAUAACAGAAGACUUGUUUCAACCAAAAAUACAAUAGCAAUGGUGAGUCAGGCUCAGUUUUUCUUAGUGCUUGAAAUUUUGUUAGUGAGUCAGCCUUCUAAAUUGUUACUCCUUUUCUUUUUGUUCUUUUGAUGAUCAACUGGUUUCACCAUUGGUUCGUCUGCAAUGUACAGACAUUUUCUUUAAAAGUUAGUGUAACAGUGAGAAUGGCGAGUGUCAGGGGAAAAAACAUAAUGAAAAUAGUGAAUAUAAAAAACACUGUUAACGAUUAUUGCCUAAUUAUGUUGUCACUUGACCUUGGUCAUGGCACACUUGAUACUAGUGUAACUACAUGUUUCUUAGUUUUCCAUUAUGUUUGGCAAAAAAUAUUGAUUACUGUAACUUCCCCUGGAGAUUCUUGUCUAGUUACACAACCAUGGGUCCCAGACCACUAAGGACAAUUUAAAAUGUGUGGGUUAGGGUUGUCAUCCCAUGGGGAAUGGGUAUUUUGUAUACCUGGUAUUAAAUCUUCAUAUAAGAUGCAUGGGUAUGAUCCCCUCAUUAAUAUUAUAUCUGGUGCAAUUUGACGAGUUGGUCACACUC